AUGCCAAGUUCUACAAAUAUGGAUAUCCCAACUAGGAAGCGUAAAGAGCGCGAUGGCGACUCUACGAAUGCCGGCACAAAAAGUGGUGACGACAAUUCGACCAAUGGAGCGCAUUUGGAAACAGAACCCACUCCGAAACGACAGAGGACGGUAGAACCUAAACCGGUACAGAUUGAGGACGAGGAGGAUUUGAAAAAUGGGAUGGAAGAUCUUGAAGUUGAGGAUGAAGAUUUGCAACUCGUGAUCCCUCGAGAAAAGGCACCAAUGGAAGGUUACGACGACCUCUACCUUGAUACCAUCAACCGCAAUGUCUUAGACUUCGAUUUCGAAAAGCUCUGUUCGAUUUCGCUCUCAAAUAUCAACGUAUACGCUUGUUUAGUAUGCGGGAAAUACUACCAGGGUCGAGGGACAAAAUCUCAUGCCUACUUCCAUGCUCUUGAGGUAGGGCAUCACGUAUUCAUCAAUAUGCAAACACAAAAGGUCUACGUUCUACCAGAAGGAUACGAGGUAAAAAAUAAGAGUUUGGACGACAUAAAGUUUGUAUCUGAUCCUACAUACACAAAAGAGCAGGUUAUGGCUAUGGAUCGUGAGGCCAAAUCUUCUUGGACUCUAUCUGGCAAAGAAUAUAUACCAGGUUUUGUCGGUAUGAACAACAUCAAGGAUAACGACUAUUUUAAUGUGGUAAUACAAGCACUUUCUCAUGUGCCUCCUCUUCGAAAUUUCUUUUUAUUGGAGGACUUUCACAACAAGGCGGAGCUCAUAAAACGAGUUUCGAUUUUAUUCCGAAAGAUAUGGAAUCCAAGAGCCUUCAAAUCUCAUGUCUCUCCUCACGAACUUCUUCAAGAGAUAUCCCUCAAAUCAAACAAGAAGUUCAAUCUAACCACUCAAUCCGACCCUGUCGAAUUCCUCUCCUGGUUUCUCAACAACCUACAUCUCGCACUUGGGGGUUCCAAAACUAAACCUGGCUCUUCAAUAAUACAGAAUAUAUUCCAAGGAAAGCUGAAAGUCGAAUCUCAAGCAAUCACCGCCAAAGCCGACGCUGGUGAUCGAUUACGAUUUGAAGAUGCAGAUGUCAAAACGGAUGUUAGUAGAUUCAUGCUACUCACAUUAGAUUUACCUCCAGCGCCAUUAUUUCAAGACGAAUUAGAACGAAACAUCAUACCUCAAAUUCCUUUGACCAGCAUCCUCGCAAAAUACGAUGGUCUAAAAGCACAAGAACAUCUCAAUAUGCGCAAACGAUAUCGACUACUUCAUCCACUACCACCCUUUCUCCUCUUUCACAUAAAACGAUUCUCGCAUAACAAGUUCGUCGAUGAACGUAAUCCUACAAUUGUCACUUUCGACGCGCGCAAUCUCGAUAUGUCACCAUAUAUUGAACCCGACAUGAAACAUGCUAGACCCGGAGAACCAAUAUGGUACGAUUUAGUUGCGAAUAUAGUACAUGAAGCGGUCAGAGGGCGAGAAGAUAGUGUAGAAGGAGAAUCGGAAAAGAGGAGCUGGAAAGUGCAAUUGAGAGAUAAGGCGACAGGAGAGUGGAAGGUGGUCCAGGAUUUAUUUGUGGAAGGGGGGCAAAAAGAAUUUUUGCAUUUAGGGGAGAGUUACUUGCAGGUUUGGGAGAAACGAAGAGAAGUUGUUGGGAAAGGGAAGGGCAAGGCUAAUUGA